GAUUCCUUGUGAGCCGCUGCAACACCAGGAUCUCCUGAGCCCCCAUUCUCCGCCACCAUGCCCCUGCUGGAUGGACCCAGGAGCAGCGAUCCUGUCAUUCCUGGCUCUAUCCACAAUGUCCACCCCCAGACGUCAUUGAUGAUGGAGCCUAGCUUGGAUACGGAGCCACGCAGAGAUGAGUUGAGUGCGCGUCAGAAGAUCGUAGUGGUAGGCUUGGGCAUGGUCGCCAUCUCGCUCAUCGAGAAGAUCAUCAAACAGGAUGCAGAUCGUCGACAAUACGACAUUCUUGUCAUCGGGGAGGAGCCUCAUGUCGCAUACAAUCGAGUCGGCCUUUCGUCCUUCUUCGAGCACCGCAAGAUCGAAGACUUGUAUCUGAACCCAACAGAAUGGUAUGGAUCGGUCAAAGAUAGAUCCUUCGACUAUCAUCUCAACACACGGGUAACCGAGAUCAUCCCUCAACGCAAGUUAGUCAAGACAUCAACAGGCGAUACCAUCACCUACGAUAUCCUUGUCCUUGCUACUGGCUCUGAUGCCGUCCUUCCCACUCACACUCCUGGUCAUGAUGCAAAAGGGAUCUUCGUCUACCGGACCAUUUCUGACCUCGAGAAUCUGAUCGAAUUCGCGUCAAAGCAUAAAGGCGAGACAGGAGUCACAGUUGGCGGAGGCCUGUUGGGCCUAGAAGCUGCCAAGGCCAUGACCGAUCUUGGAGAUUUCGGGAAUGUGAAACUCAUUGACCGUAACAAGUGGGUUCUAGCCAGACAGCUCGACGGAGAUGCAGGAACUCUUGUGACACGCAAAAUCCGAGAGCUGGGCUUGGAUGUGUUGCACCAGAAACGUGUAGCGACUAUCAAGACCGACGCUGACAACAACGUCACGGGAAUUGUCUUCGAGGAUGGCGAAGAGAUUGACUGCUCUUGCAUUUGCUUUGCUAUCGGAGUACGUCCCAGAGAUGAGCUGGGACAAACCGCCGGCAUUCAGUGUGCGGGACGAGGAGGUUUUGUCAUCAACGAAAGUCUGCAAACAUCCGUUGAGGAUAUUUAUGCUGUUGGCGAAUGCGCAAGCUGGGAGAACCAGACAUUUGGUAUCAUAGCGCCGGGUAUUGAAAUGGCCGAUGUCUUGGCAUACAAUUUGACGAACCCCGACAAGGAGCCAAAGAGUUUCAGAAGACCCGACUUGAGCACCAAGUUGAAGCUCUUAGGUGUGGAUGUUGCCAGCUUUGGCGACUUCUUUGCUGACAGGGAUGGGCCCAAAUUUCUGCCGGGCCAAAGGCCUUCACUUCAAGCCGACCGGAAAGACAGUGAGGUGGACAGUGAAUCGUCAGUGAAAGCACUCACUUACAAAGAUCCCUUCAGUGGUGUUUACAAAAAAUACUUGUUCACCAUGGAUGGCAAAUAUUUGCUUGGCGGAAUGAUGAUCGGAGAUACAAAGGACUACCUCAAAUUGAACCAAAUGGUCAAGAUGCAAAAGGAGCUAGAGGUGCCUCCUAGUCAGUUCAUUCUAGGUGCGCAGAAGGACGGAGAGGAGAAUGGAGACGACCUUGACGACAGUACCCAGAUCUGUGCUUGUCAUAAUGUUACCAAAGGGGAUUUGGUUGCCAAGAUCAAGAGUGGCACCUGCAAAACCAUUGGCGAGGUUAAGUCGUGCACUAAAGCAGGGACCGGUUGUGGCGGCUGCAUGCCCCUAGUGCAGUCGAUCUUCAACAAGGCCAUGCAGGACAUGGGCCAAGAAGUCUCAAACAACUUGUGUAUUCACAUCCCACAUUCACGAGUGGAUCUGUACAAUAUUAUCGCUGUGAAACAGCUGAAGACCUUCGAAGAUGUGAUGGGGGCGGUCGGAAAGAACCCCGAGUCGCUUGGAUGCGAAUUGUGCAAGCCUGCGAUCGCGUCCAUUCUCUCGAGUCUCUUCAACCCCCAUAUUAUGGAUAAAGGAUAUCACGACUUGCAAGAGACGAAUGACCGAUUUCUUGCAAAUAUCCAGCGCAACGGAACAUUCUCCGUGGUUCCUCGCGUUCCGGGAGGUGAAAUCACUGCAGACAAGUUGAUUGCCAUUGGACAAGUGGCAAAGAAAUACAGCCUAUACUGCAAGAUUACCGGCGGUCAGCGUAUCGACAUGUUCGGGGCAAAGAAGCAGGAUCUCCUCGACAUUUGGACAGAACUCGUGAAUGCGGGCAUGGAGAGUGGCCAUGCUUAUGCAAAGUCCCUGCGAACCGUUAAGAGUUGUGUGGGCACGACCUGGUGUCGUUUCGGUAUUGGCGACAGCGUUGGAAUGGCCAUCCGGCUAGAAGAGCGCUACAAGAGUCUCCGAUCUCCUCAUAAGCUCAAAGGUGCUGUUUCUGGAUGUGUAAGAGAAUGUGCCGAGGCACAGAACAAGGAUUUUGGCCUGAUUUCCACCGAGAAGGGUUUCAAUAUCUUUGUCGGGGGCAAUGGAGGUGCCAAGCCCCGGCACUCGGAGAUCCUCGCCAAAGAUGUGCCGCCCGAGAAAGUAAUUCCCCUAAUCGAUCGGUAUCUCAUUUUCUACAUUCGCACAGCGGAUAAGCUUCAGCGAACAGCCCGCUGGAUAGAGAACCUUCCUGGUGGAAUCGAGUAUCUGCGGGAGGUGGUAGUUGAUGAUAAGCUUGGGAUUGGCGCGGAGAUGGAGCAGCAAAUGCAGGAGCUCGUGGACGGCUAUUUCUGUGAAUGGACGGAAACGAUCCGGGAUCCCAAGCGACGCAAGCAUUUCCAACAAUUCGCCAACACAGACGAGACAGUCGAGACUGUGGAGGUCAUCAAGGAGCGUGGCCAAGAAAGACCCACCUAUUGGUCUAAUGAGCCUGCGAAGGCGGACUUCAAGGGCCACCAAUGGUCCGGUCUUUCGUGGCAGCCCAUGAUCAAAGCAGACUAUUUCUCGGAUGGCAUCACAUCCGCGAACCUCAAACGCGGGGACACGCAGCUGGCUGUCUUCAAAAUCAAGGGCAAAUUCUAUGCGACCCAGCAGAUGUGCCCUCAUAAGCGUGCCUUUGUCCUGUCCGAUGGCUUGAUCGGCGAUGAUGAUGCCGGCAAGUACUGGGUAUCAUGCCCAAAUCACAAGCGCAACUUCGAGCUUAACGGGGAGCAGGCGGGUCGCUGUUCCAAUGACGAGAACAUGAACAUUGCCACAUUCCCCGUGGAAGAGCGUGCUGAUGGCUGGGUCUACCUGAAGCUGCCCCCGGUGGACGAGCUGGACUCGCUCCUCGGAACAGAGAAAUGGAAAGUGAAGAAGGGAGAAGCACCGGACCCAUUCCAGAAACAUGACCGAAAGUACCGGGGAAUCCGUGGAAAGAAAACGGUUGAGAAGACACCAGCAACUAAGCGGGCGGUGCCAUCUGGAGUGAUUGAUUGGUAGUUGCAGAUUUUCGUUUGUGCAUUGAUGGAGUUGUCACGAAGCUAUGUUAGAUACCUGGGGUUGCCAGUGCCUAGGCUGGAAACUCAUGUGCCAAUUCUGUAAACUAAUGAAGUCAAUAUGAUGUUCACAGCACG